AUGGCCUCCUGGUAUCAACCCCUGAAGAGCCCNUUUUUCCUGUCCGGCGUCAUCAUCAACGCCAUGCUCGCCUUCCUCCUGCUCUGGGCAGCCAGAAACCGUGGCCCCCGGGUCUGGCUACCCAUCGUCAUCGCCAUGAUCGUCGUGGGCACCUUGCAAGCCGCUUUUGGUAUGCAUCUCUUUCGCGGGUAG